AUGGAUGGUGAUAACGAAAAAGAUGAUCAAGAGCAUCCUGCAGAGUAUGGACACCGUCACCGAGAAGAUUCUGCGGAAGAGCGUGCUGGGAGAGGAGAUCGGGGAUGGAGAGAUGGAGUUUUCCUGAAGGGGGAAUGUAAGAGGGUUCCCGGCGUGCGGACGCCCCUGUCGGAGAUCCCCAUCGGCAAGCAAGGAGGCGGCUUCUUCUUCCCGCCCCUGUUCUGCCCGCAAGUCAACUGCUCGGACCCCGUCAGCUACAACGCCCGCCAGUGGCCCUUCACCACGCAUGCCUACCCCCCCGAGGCCAAGAACCUCGCUCCGGGCACCAAGAUCCUGGACGUGAAGCUCUACCGGCGCGACCUGUCCAACAUCACGGUCGCCGGCUACACCAGAACGCAGAUCGAAGUGAGGAUUCCCAGGAUUGCCGGCAAGUUUGGCAACGACACUCUGCCAGAGUUCGAGCUCAUCAACGCCACCUAUGAGUCACGACAGCAACUAAUUCCUAUCAUGUAUUCGAACUUCAACAUCACCAAAAACGACUCUUCCGUCAACAUCGAGGUCGUCCUCCCCACCCCGAAUCCCCGGAUGUUCAUCAUGGUCUACCAGCCACGACUUCCAACGCUGACCAACUACAGUCGCUUCACUUUCAUUGAGGACCUUCCCGAAAUCAACGGCACCUACGACUGGUUCUUCACCUCGGCUGACCUCAAUGGGACCGGCCGGUACUUCGUGGGCAUCGGGGAGUUCAAGCCUGACUUCGACCUGAGCAAGAUGAGCGACCCGGCGAAGAACAAAGUGAGCGUGAAGGACCUGGUCAAUAUAUCCAUGAAUUACUAUCUCCGGGUCUUCACUUCGGGUUGUUACUUCUUCGAUGACCACCAAGAGGACUGGAGAGGACGAGGGAUGGCGGUGACGUUAUCCGACCACAAAAUCACGAUAUGCAACUCGACUCAUCUCACGAGCUUCGGGUCCGGGAUGUUCGUGAUGCCAAACACCAUCGACUUCAAUUAUGUCUUCGUCAACAUGGGCUUCACCGACAACCUGACGAUAUAUCUCACGCUCAUCGUCAGUUUCCUCAUAUUUGUGCUGCUGAUGAUCUACGCGAGGUACAAGGACAAACAAGACGUUACGAAGCUCGGCGCAACGCCCUUGCCAGACAACAACCUGGAGGACAAAUACCUGUACGAAAUGUUGGUCUUCACGGGCAACAAGAAGAGCGCCCAGACGGAUUCUCUGGUUCAGUUCAUCGUGUCGGGAGAGGAGGAUGAGACGGACGUUAGGACGCUCGGGGAUAAGAAGAGGAAGAUUCUGAGAAAGGAUGGCGUCGAUGUGUUUGUGAUGGCGGUUCCGAGGCCACUCGGAAACCUGGAAUACAUGAGGAUCUGGCACGACAACAGCGGCAAAGGACCCAACGCUUCCUGGUACAUGAGUUACAUCGUGUUCAGGGAUGUCCAGACGGGCAAGAAGUAUGAGUUUGUGGGCAACAGGUGGUUCGCUGUUGAGCAUGACGAUGGGCAGAUCGACCGCCUCAUCGCCGUAGCUGGAAAAGAACAAAUCACAGAGUUCAAGCAUUUGUUCCACACGACGAAGAACAAGAACAUUGCCGACGGUCACCUGUGGUUCUCCGUGUUCCUCAGGCCUCCAAGAUCACGGUUCACGAGGUGUCAGCGCGUGGGCUCCUGCUUCGCCCUGUUGUUCUUGUCCAUGCUUGCCAACGCCAUGUGGUACGACGUGGUUCCUGAACAAACCGGAACGGGGGGCCUGCAGCUCGGGCCGUUCAGUCUUAGCCCUGAACAGAUCGGCGUGGGCAUCAUGGCGAACUUGGUGGUGUUUCCUCCGUCCAUCCUGAUCGUGUUCAUCUUCAGGAGAUCGCCGCCCAAGAAACUGCGGAAGAACAGAAUCAACGAAGCCGUCAAGAAGUCCAAGAAGGCCUCGGAGAAGCCGCGCCCCGACCGCCCUGACAGCGCCAGGAGCGACGUGUCCCUGGUGGAGGCGGAGCAGGAGGUGGCGAGGGACGGAGGAGAGCGGACGGAGGGGGAGGAGGAGGAGGAGGAGGAGGUGAAGACCAGGCAGAAAAAGCGGAAGAAGUUCACGCUGCCGUGGUGGUGCGUCUACAUCGGCUGGCUCCUCGUGGUCGUCUGCAUCGCCGCCUCCUGCUUCUUCCUGCUCAUGUACGGCAUCAUGUUCGGCAACUCCAAGGCGACCAAGUGGGUCACGUCGCUCGUCAUUUCGUUCUUCUCGUCCGUUCUCCUCGUGCAGCCGCUGAAGAUCUUCCUGAUCGCCAUGUUGAUCAGCGUGAUCUGCAAGUCACGUGACCUCGACGAGGAGGAUUCCGAGGAGGACGAAGAAGACCCUGAGAUCUGCUCGGAUGAGGAGUGGCUGCACAGAGCACCAAAGCGCAGCAAGAGACUGAAACAAAGGAAGGUCGACCGCGAGACGCUGGAGAGACUGAAAAAAGCGCGGGAGAAGGAGAUCGAGAUGUGGGAUAUUAUCAAAGAAAUCAUAUCCUACUCCAUCUUCCUGUGGAUCUUCCUCACACUAUCCUACGGCAACAGAGAUCCGAACGCUUUCUACAUGCAGAAGACCCUCAGAGAAGCUUUUAUCCACGAAGGAGCUGUGGACGGGACGGAUUACACGAAGGUCACCAACACCAACAUGUUCUGGUACUACCUCCAACACGGGCUCAUGACAGACCUCCGCGCCGACACUCUCUACAACGGGAAACCUCCUUACAGCCUCCGAGGUUUUCUGAAUGAUUGGUGUAACAGGAUCAUGGGUUACGCCAUCAUCAGGCAGAUACGGGCGAAGAAGAAUAACUGCAGAGUGCCGUCGGCCAUGAAGACGAUCACCACCAACUGCAGCAGCUUCGCGAGUCUGGUGAACGAGGACAGCGAGGACUAUUGCGUGGGUUGGAGCCUGCCGACGGAGAGGACCAAGAACUCCAAGGCCUGUCGCAAGGGAGAGUUCAGGUACAGCUCGGCGUGGGACCUGCAGAGCCUACCUGUGUGGGGUAACCGGGACUGGUACAGCGGCGGGGGCUACGUCAUCCACCUCCGAGGACCCACCAACGAGGUCUUGCAGAACUUCCAGUACCUCGAAGCCAACAAGUGGAUCGACGAGAGCACGAGGGCGGUUCUCAUCGAGUUCUCAUCGUAUAAUUCUCAGGUGAACCUCUUCGGGACUUCGAUCAUCAUGGCGGAAUUCACGCCGGGAGGAGGAAUCACGCCGUAUUUUAGAUUCGAAGGCAUCCGCCUACUCCAACACCACGACAACUUCGGCUUUUUCAUCUACGCGUGCGAGGCCGCCUUCAUUCUCUUCGUGCUGUACUUCACGGGGCGGGAGGCGCGUCUGAUGUACCGCAUGAGGAUAGACUACUUCAAGAACUACUGGUCGUAUGCCGAGAUCGCUAUCAUCUUGGCCUGCUAUUGGGCCAUGGUGGUUUAUGGCUUAAGGUACUACGCCACCGACCAAGUGCUCCAAGUGUUUCACAAGACGUACGGAAACGGGUAUGUCCGCCUGCAGUAUGCCGCUUCCUUGGACGAACUCUACGGAUACAUCGUCGGAUUCGUGGUGUUCGUGGGGACGCUCAAGUUCAUUAAAUUGCUGAGGUUUAACAAGAGGAUGGGUGUUCUCUCCGCCACUCUGAAGCAAUGCUGGGACGAUCUCAGCGGUUUCCUCAUGGCCUUCUUCCUCUGCUUCUUCUCCUUUGUGGCGAUGUUCUUCCUGCUUCUCAACAAGUACAUGGAAGGUUUCUACAACUUCGUUACGGCGGUGGAAACGUGCUUCAGUAUGAUGCUCGGCAAAUUCCAGUUCGAGGAGAUGAAGACGGCGUCGGACAUCGUGCCCAUCAUGUUCUUCGUGUUCGUGCUGUGCAACUCGUGGGUUCUGAUCAACCUGCUCCUCACGCUCAUCAUCAAGGCUUUCCAACAGGUCAAGUACGACAUGAUGAAGCAGCCGAACGAGUACGAGAUGGUGGCGUUCGUGUGGGGUCGCUUCAGCACGUACCUCGGCCUCGGGGUCCCGACGCAGGUGUCCCCGGGCCUCGAGACCACGACCAACACCUCCGGCAACUCCCCCAACAACCCUCACGCCGGCGAAGAGGGCGCUGACGACUCCGUGGGAGCAGGGAACGAUAAAGUCAAGGAACUUCCCAAUAAAGUGGACAAGUUCCUCGACUACCUGAACGACGUCUACUUCGCCGGGAGCCUCGACGUCACCAACAAGGACGCUCUCAAGUCGUCCUUCUACCGCGGCAAGAGCGGCUACCCCAACGGGAGGGGCUACUCCGCAAAACCCAACACCGCAAAGCCACGUAGCGGAGCCCGGUUUGGUAGCGGAGUGGGGGAGAGGACAGGAGGAGGAGGGGCAGGAGAAAGGACAGGAGGAGGAGGAGGAGGAGGAGGUGAUGGUGAUAUAGGUGACCUCUACAGCGGUCCAAGAGCCACUAAUUAGGUCCAGGCUGCAUUAGGGUGAUGUGUAAGGAGAAACCAUCAUCUACACAGAAACUGUUUGCAGGAAAUCAGUAGGCUGAUGAUGAGAAGCUAAAGUUAUUUGCUAGACUCUAUUAUGAAGACCUUUAGCUAUUCUUGACAUGGUGACAGAAAUGCAAGCAUACACACACACACACUCACUCUCCUCAUAACUUCUGACAUACUCCCCUUAAAUGGAGAUUCAGCAGUACAAAUCCUGUUUAUUUAGUAUUUUAAUUAAAACCUUUUCCCAUCCCCUUAAACAUUAUUAUAUCCCUUUUCCAUUAUUAGAGGAUUAUAUAUGCACAUACUUAAAAGCAAAGAAAAGAAUAAUUUAUAUCAAUACUUAUGAAGCUAAUUGAUAAACAAUGUAAUAAGUAAGCAAUCAUAAAGCUGUAAAUGUGAUAUGUUGAGCAAAAAAGUUGAAAGUAUUUUAUAUGAAAAAAGAUCAAAUCAAAUGCAUAUAUAGAAGAAAGAAAGGCUCAACUACAUUAUACACCCUGUGAUAUUUAGUGCCUUGCAAGAAGUGCCUUGUCUAGCUCUAAGUCUGACAAACUAUAAAAUACUGUAUCUAUAUACCAAAGAUAAUAUAUAAAAAUAUAGUAGUAUAUACUCACUAUAUAUAUAUAUAUAAAUACAUUAUAUGUUUUAUCUUAUUUUGUUUCCAGAGCAAUGUUAGUUUUUCAUCAAAUUACACGGAUAGUCAUAAGUGUGAUAGACAGUGUACUUGGGUUAUAAAAUGUAUAUCUAAGUUAAGCAUUUUUUGAAGCAUUGAAAUAAAAGCAGAAUCCAUGAAA